UGUCAGUUGACUUAGUAAAGUUGCUGGGAGCGCGCGGGGCGGGACGCCGAUGUUACGUUUGCGCGUUUCGUUUUCCCAAAAAAAAUAUAUAACCGUUGUCUUUGAACUGUUCUAAAUUUAAAACUUUGAAAUUUGAAUUUUGAAUUCUCUCUAAAUCUCUAACGGACAGUGCUCUGAAGGAUUAUUUUUGUGUAUGUGAAAUAGUUCUUCUGAGUUCUUUGAUAUGUUGUGUGCCUUGUUCACGGGAGGAGUAUUUCGUUUUUGAAAGGUUCUCGUACAAUGAAGAUUUGAGCUCCACAAUGGAUUCGCCGGUGUCCUCUCAAGACGAACGCGACAUAGAGGUCAACGUGGUCUCCGGAGCGAGCACGCCCGACAUCACCUCCUCCCCAACAAGAGAACAGAAGAGUCCUUAUUACGAGCUAAAGAAGGACAAAGAAGAGAAGGCCACCGGGAGUGCUCCGUACACCAGUUUUUCCAUAAGUUCGAUCUUGAACCGUUCCGAGCCUCGAAGGGAAUCGAAUGUUCUGGAAUCGGCAUUGGCUGCUCAUCAUUUUGGGAACGCCAAUGACGCUAUGCUAUCUAGAUUGGGUUUGAUCUCGCAGUGGAGCGCCCUGGCUGGACGAUACGGAGGCCUGGUGCCGGCUCCCUGGUACUGGCAACGACCUCAAGAACGAGCCUCUCCUCCCAAAGAGGAUUGCGUUGCUAAUGAAGAAGGCUCAGCUGGUGGAUCUCCGCGUCCCCGGAGUCCGCCACGAGCUCCCACUCCUCCGUCGCCGUCGCGUUCGUCCCCUCGUUCACCGCGACUACACCCCGCCUUAUACCCGCAGCAGCAAGACCCUCAGGACUCCGAUCCCGACAUAGACGAGAGCGACGAUUUCGAUAAAGACGAAAAACGAGACCCCAAUACGAAUUUAGGAAAGAGGAAGAAGAAAACGCGCACGGUCUUCUCACGUUCUCAAGUGUUCCAGCUUGAAUCCACGUUCGACAUGAAACGGUAUUUGAGCAGCUCCGAACGCGCCGGCUUAGCGGCUAGCUUACAUCUCACCGAGACUCAGGUAAAGAUCUGGUUCCAGAACCGACGUAACAAGUGGAAGAGGCAGUUAGCUGCUGAGCUAGAAGCGGCAAACAUGGCCCACGCCGCCCAACGUCUCGUUCGGGUACCGAUUCUGUAUCACGAGUCGCGACCAACGUCGAUCCCGCACACGCCGCUGCCGAUGCACCCUCAGUUCUCCAACGAGCCCGGAGUUUAUUUUCCUCAGCAGGCGCCGCAGCAGCUGCAGCCCCUCCCGGCUUCUCCGGUGACGUCACGGGCUCCCCUCUCGAGUCUGGUAUAGUGUCCGCUUGAAGCCGCUCGCGGGGCCUCCUCAGCGGACGGACCGUAUUUAAAUUAAAAGUGUAUUAAUUAAAAAAAAAAACGCAGGACUAGUCAUGAAUUUUGAGUGUUAAAUGCCAAAUCGUUCGAAUUGUAAAACUUAUACGUAUGGAUUACGAAAGCUGUAGGCUUAGUCAUUUUAUUUAUUCAAUCGGAUAUCGACAAAAAAGGCAUUUCGGGGGGCUUGUGUUUUAUUCAUUUUGGAAACGAUAGAAUGUUUGUAUUGUGUAAGUUAUCUGACGGUUCAAUUGUUGUUUGAACGCAACGUGCCAAACUGAAUAAUGAAAAAAAAAAACUCUGCAAAAAGACUUACAUGUAUUUCAUUGAAAUCGUGUGGGAUAGUACAAGUUCUUUGUGAUGCUGUUUGAUGUUUUGACGUGAAUAAUUUCGGUAUAAAAAGUAUCGUACAAAUAAAUAAAAAAUUAUAAUUCGAUGUAAUAACGUGUACAGUUUUGUAUAUAACGAAUGUUUUAACGAAUAAUACUUUUAUUUAUUUAGUUGUAAGGCUCUAGUUAAUGUUUGUAAAUAUUAGGAAUUCGAAGAACUGAAAAUAUGCUUUUAUAAUGUUAAUAAGUAAAUAAAUAUACUUGUGUAAUGUUUUUUCCUGUCUUUGAAAAAGUUGUUUGAAUAAAAACACGGCUGAAUGUUGCG